AUGAGGGCCAUUUUCGACGCCUCAGAGGACCUGCAGGCCAUGACCACCACGAUGACCACGAUGGCCAACACCACGACCACCACGAUGGCAGCGGAAGCUGCUGCACACCAUCCCAGUGCGGAGGAGUUCCUGAUGAUUACCGUCCACUACAGCUGGAUCUGCCUCCUUCUGCUCGUUCUGCUGGCUGGGGCCUCGUAUUGCGCCCACAAGAAGCAUGGGAGGCGGUCCACCAGGACCAGUCAGACUGGCGGCUCGAUCGCAGUACAUCACACCCCUGGGCUGCUGGCACAUGGAGCGUACCCCUUCGCGGUGCGGGGCACGAUCAGCACACUCUGCUUCAUGCUUGGGGUGCUGCCUUUGUUCCUGAUGCUCUGCGCGACGAUCAUCGGGCUGUUGCUGGCGGUGGUGGAGGGCUGGCCAGCCUCGCUGGGGGUGGAGUAUCUGCUCUCGAACGUUCUGGGCAUGACUGCGCCCUUGACGUCCAUCGUUCCCGAGGGAAGAUUUGGGAUUCACUUCGCCAUUGUGAUGAACAUGUAUGCGGUCAUUAUGGUGACCACGGCCAUGGGCCUUAUUGCCAACAUGUCCCUCAUGGCCCACAUCACCGAGAAGGUCCCACGGUCCAUGUGCGGAUUCCUCGCCUUUCUCCUCAUCGCUGUGCCUUUGGCCAUGAUCGCCACCACCUGGCUGGUGGGUCUGAUCAUGGCGGCCUUCGAGGGCUGGGACGCGGAGCAGGGCUACUUCUUCAUGGCCGCCUCGAUGGCUUCCCUGGCCAACCCCGUGACGUCCCUGGAGCCGGACACCGCCCUGGGCGCCUUCUUCGAGUGCCUCUGCAUGGCCACGGAGCUCUGCAUUGCCGGGUGUAUUCUGGGGAUGGUGGCCGCGCACCCUGUGACCAUGAGCAUGUGUGACAUUCUGGAGGGGACUGCCAGGCACGGAGCAUCCAUGUCCGCUCUCCAUUUCAACAUGCCGAACCUCACGGUCGAGGAGCUGCAGGUGAGGCUGCAAGCGCUUCGCGGGGAGGCGGAGGUGCGGGCGCCCGAUGACAAGGAGCUCUUGGAGCAACUGGCGGAGGUGGAGGCGGACCUGAAGGCUGGCAAGGAUCUGACCAUGGUGGCGGUCCACAUGUCCGAGCUGCACGAGAAGAUCCAGAGUGCGAGCCAGAGAUCUGGGGAUCCGAGCGCUGAGUUGGAGGUGGCGCAGCUGCGCGCACGGGUGGCAGAGCUGGAGAAGAUGCUGGGUCAGGAGGAGUUGGAGAUACGAACACUCUGAAGGCUGAAGGGUUGCUCCUAGCCUCUAUAUAGAUGGACUCGCAAUGGUUCUACGGGUUGAUUCCCCA